AUGGAGCUGGCUUGGAAUAUAGUGUUUGUUCUUCUCAGUUUUCCCUGCCAGGCAAUAGACUGGGAAUCCAGCCGGAAUUUCAUCAUAGCUGCUGGCCCUCUUCCCAUUGACUUGAAUCGUCCAUUAAGUGCGCAGGGGUUCUAACCUCGUAGAAACUAGCCUGGAUGCUCACAUCUGCAGCAGCCAUUGCCUGCCGCCUUGUCUGAAUACCUUGGCAGCCUUUCUGGUAGUGGGGUGACCCACUAUAAGGUCUUCCUUUCUUGGGCACAACUUCUCCCAACAGGAAGCUCCCGAAGCCCCGACAAGAGCACAGUCCAGUGCUACAGAAGACUUCUUGAGGUGCUCAGGGCUGCUCAGCUUCAGCCAUUGGUGAUCCUGCACCAUCAAACGUUCCCCAAACAAGCCCUGGCCUCCCCAUUCGGGACCUGGGAAAGUGACCUCUUUACUGGCCUCUUUGCAGAGUAUGCUUUGUUUGCCUUUCACUCCUUUGGGGACCUGGUUGAGAUCUGGUUCACUUUCAGUGACUUGGGAGCAGUGAUAGAAGCUCCCCAUCAGGAAUCAAGAUCUGCUCGUUUUCAGGCCGUUGUUGAUGCCACAAGAAAAGCCUAUCAUGUCUACUAUGAAAACUUCGCUUCCCAAGGUGGGAAACUGUCUGUGGUGCUGGGAGUUGAUGACAUCUCUGAGUAUUAUUGGGAUCCUCACAUUCUCACUUCUCAAUCUUGUGGUUUAGAAAAACAGAAAAAGCCAGAAGUCCAAAAUGAAACAGUCACGGUCUCUGGGUGGCUUGUGCAUGACUUAGAGCUCAUAGCUGACUCUAUUGAUUUCUUCUCUCUGGAUCUGCUGUGUGAUUGCCGCAAGGCAGGUCCACCACAGGAACUGAGCAGACUUCAGACCCUUGAUCCCAAAGUGAAAGUUUUCAUCUUCAACCUAAAACUUCACAACUGCAUUCCCAUGAAGGAGAAAUCAACCCAACUCCUGUUUAACGUGAUGGAAGCCAUAAAUAAAGAUGAAGUGCUGACCAUUGGGUUUGAUGUCAAUGAAUUUCUACAGUGUCCUUCCAAUGCCAAGGAAAGGUAUUGCUUCCUACCGGACAAUCUGACUGGCCAAAGUGACCAGCAAGAAAAGAGCCCAGCGGCCGCCUUCUCUGUAACGCCGACCUCAUCCUACUGGAGAGUUUGGCAAAUGUUUGCUAACCAGUCUGAGGCAGAGAGAGACUUGUUCCUGCAGGAUGUUUUCCCUGGGGGUUUCCUCUGGGGCACUGCCACAGGAGCCUUCAAUGUGGAGGGAGCCUGGGCAGAAGAUGGAAAAGGAGAAAGUGUGUGGGACAGGUUUGGACACCAGGGCCAUGCGGAGAAGAAAGCGGUGCCCGAUGUGGCCAGUGACAGUUACCACAAGAUCGAGUAUGAUAUCUCUCUCCUCCGUGGCCUCCAGGCUCAGCUCUACAAGUUUUCCAUCUCGUGGUCUAGGAUCUUCCCCACAGGCUACAAGAGCAACAUCAACCCCCGAGGUGUAGCCUACUACAACAAGUUGAUUGACAGCUUGCUGGACUCCCACAUUGAACCAAUGGUGACCUUGUUCCACUGGGACCUACCACAGGCCCUGCAGGAUCACGGAGGGUGGCAGAAUGAGAGUGUGGUGGAUGCUUUUGUGGACUACGCAGCUUUUUGCUUUGCCACCUUUGGGAACCGGGUGAAGUUGUGGGUGACCUUUCAUGAGCCUUGGGUGAUAAGCUAUGCAGGCUAUGGUACCGGACGGCAUGCCCCAGGCAUCUCUGACCCAGGAGUAGCCUCAUUCAAGGUGGCUCACUCCAUCCUCAAGGCUCAUGCCAAGGCUUGGCAUCACUACGAUCGCCACCAUCGCGGCCAGCAGCAAGGGCAGGUGGGGAUCGUGCUGAACUCGGAUUGGGCAGAGCCCUUCUCUGCCCAGGAGCCGGAGGACGUGAGGGCCGCGGAGCGCUACCUGCACUCCAUGCUGGGCUGGUUCGCCCACCCGCUCUUCGUGGAUGGUGACUACCCUGACACCCUGAGGGCCCAAAUCCGGCGGAAAAACAGCCAGUGUGGCCGCUCCGUUGCCCAGAUCCCCACCUUUACCGAGGAAGAGAAGCUUCUCUUGAAAGGUUCCUCGGACUUUCUCGGCCUGUCUCAUUAUACCUCUCGUCUGAUCAGGGAUGCCCAGAAUGAUUCCUGUGUCCCGGACUAUGACAGCCUCCGGGGCUUCUCCCAGCACGUGGACCCCACCUGGCCCCAGACCUCAGCCUCCUGGCUCCGGGUGGUGCCCUGGGGUCUCAGGAGACUCUUACAGUUUGUGUCUCUGGAAUAUACCAAAGGGAAUGUCCCGAUCUACCUGACUGGCAACGGCCUGCCGAUAGAAGGCAGAAACCUUGAUGACUCUGCAAGAAGAGACUAUCUCAAUCUCUACAUCAAUGAGGUGCUCAAAGCGAUCAAGAUGGACUUGGUGGAUGUUCGGUCCUACAUUGUUCGUUCCCUCAUCGAUGGCUUUGAAGGCCCAUCAGGUUAUAACCAAAGAUUUGGGCUACACUACGUGAAUUUCGAAGAUGGCAGCAGACCAAGAACUCCCAGGAAGUCUGCCUAUUUUUUCUCCAGCCUUGUUGAAAAGAAUGGCUUCCUGACUAAAGAGAUAGACAGACCUUCUCGACCACUCAUUUAUACCCCUCCCCCCAAAAUUCCAGUUACUUUGGGACCCUCAGAUGUUCCUUCCAAGGCUAAGGUAGUUUGGGAAAAAUUCUCCAGCCAAUCCAAGUUUGAAAGAGAUCUCUUCUACCACGGAACAUUCAGGGAUGAUUUUGUGUGGGGUGUGUCCUCUUCUGCCUAUCAGAUUGAAGGAGGCUGGGAUGCAGAUGGGAAGGGCCCCAGUAUUUGGGAUAACUUUACCCAUACACCAGGGAACAAUGUGGCAAACAAUGACAAUGGAGAUGUAGCUUGUGACAGUUACAAUAAAUUGGAGGAGGAUCUUUAUAUGCUGAGAGCUUUGAGAGUCAAGGCCUACCGCUUCUCUCUCUCAUGGCCUCGAAUUUUCCCAACAGGGGCAAUUGAUUCUGUCAACAAAUAUGGAGUUGACUACUACAACCGGCUUAUUGAUGGCUUGGUGGCAAGCAAUAUCAUUCCCCUGGUGACAUUGUACCACGGGGACCUACCCCAAGCCCUGCAGGAUAUUGGUGGUUGGGACAACCCCGCCUUGAUCGAGCUGUUUGACAGCUAUGCAGACUUUUGUUUCCGUACUUUCGGUGAUCGGGUUCAAUUCUGGAUGACAUUUAAUGAACCCAUGUCCCUGGCAUGGUUACCAUAUGGUGAAGGGGUAUUUCCCCCAGGUGUGAAAGAUCCUGGCUAUGCGCCUUAUAGAGUUGCCCAUACGCUUAUCAAAGCUCAUUCCCGAGUUUACCAUACAUAUGAUGACAAGUAUAGGCAGAGUCAGAAAGGAGUCAUUACCCUGAGCCUCAGCUUAGACUGGGCGGAACCCAAGUCACCUAACUUGCCGAAAGAUGUCGAGGCAGCCGAUAGGGUUCUGCAGUUUGACCUGGGCUGGUUUGCCCACCCCAUCUUCAAAAAUGGAGACUACCCAGAUGCCAUGAAGUGGAAAGUAGGGAAUAGGAGUGAGCUACAAAAUUUAGCCACUUCUCGCCUCCCCACCUUCACAGAGGAAGAAAAGAGGUACAUUAGAAACACGGCAGAUGUCUUCUGUAUCAACACCUACACUACUAGAAUUGUAAAAUACAUUACCCCUAUACUCAACCCUCCUUCUUAUGAAACUGAUAAGGAGAGAACGGAAGAAGAGGAUCCUUCUUGGCCUUCCACUGCCCUCCACGGAGCAGUGCCCUGGGGGAUGAGAAGGGCCUUGAAUUGGAUCAAAGAAGAAUAUGGUGACAUCCCCAUUUACAUCACUGAAAAUGGAGUGGGAUUCAAGAAAUCUCAAAUUGAGGAUACAGAUAGAAUAUUUUUUUAUAAAACAUACAUCAACGAAGCUUUGAAAGCCUACAGUCUAGAUGGCGUCAACCUUCGAGGGUAUGUGGCUUGGUCCCUGAUGGACAACUUUGAGUGGCUGAAUGGCUACAGUGUAAAGUUUGGACUAUACCAGGUAGAUUUUAAUGACCCCAACAGACCCCGGACUGCAAGAACUUCAGCCAGAUACUACACAGAUGUUAUCAGCAACAAUGGCAUGCCUCUGGACAAAGAGGAUGAGUUUUUGUACGGAGAGUUUCCUAAGGGUUUCAUCUGGAGUACAGCCUCAGCUGCCUAUCAGAUUGAAGGUGCCUGGAGAGCUGAUGGCAAGGGCCUCAGUAUCUGGGACACAUAUUCUCACACUCCCCUGAGGAUUGAAAAUGAUGACACUGGGGACAUUACCUGUGACAGCUAUCACAAAAUUGAAGAAGAUCUGGUGGCCCUUCAGAAUCUUGGCGUGUCCCACUACCGCUUCUCCAUUGCCUGGUCUCGUGUUCUUCCUGAUGGGACCACGAGGCAAAUCAAUGAAGAGGGUCUAAACUACUACGAAAGGCUCAUUGAUGCACUAAAGGCAUCCAGUAUUACACCUCAGGUCACUCUUUACCACUACCUGCCCCAGGCACUCCAGAAUGUUGGAGGCUGGGAGAAUGAUACCAUAGUCCAGAGGUUUAAGGAGUAUGCAGAUGUGCUCUUCAGAAGGCUGGGAGAUAAGUUGAUUUGGAUCACUAUCAAUGAGCCUUUCCGUCAUUGCCAACUUGGGCCAUGCUACGGAACAGCAGCUCCCGGUAAGGGCCCUAGACCAGGAACUGCCCCCUAUGUUGUUGACAUAACUUACUCAAAGCUCUACGCUGAAGCCUGGCACCUGUAUAAUGAUGUUCUACCGAGCCAAACAAGGGGACUGAUUUCUAUCAACCAUCACAGUGACUGGCAGAGCCCAGAGACCCUUCCAACAAGAAGAUGUGGAAGCAGCCAGAAGAUAUGGUUCAGUCAAUCACAAAGACAGACAGUGAAAGAGCCACCUGCAUCUUUAGCAAGUGUGGACAAAUGGGAAGGGUUUAUGGGUGGCUGGUUCGCACAUCUCUUCAAGAAUGGAGACUACAGUGAAGUUAUGAAGACUCGGAUUAGAGACAGGAGUUAUGGCAGCAGACUCAACAAGUCUAGGCUCCCAGAGUUUACUGAAGAUGAAAAGAGGAGAAUUAACGGCACGUUUGAUUUUUUUGGCUUAAAUCAUUAUACCACUGUUUUGGCUUAUAACCUGAAUUAUCCAAACAUCAUCUCCUCCUUUGAUGCAGACAGGGGCGUGGCUUCCAUAGCAGAUCGCACUUGGCCAGAUUCUGGCUCUUUCUGGCUGAAGAUUACUCCUUUUGGCUUUAGAAGGAUCUUGAACUGGAUAUAGGAAGAGUACAACAACCCUCCAAUUUAUAUUACAGAGAAUGGAUUUCUGAGCGAGGAGCCUUAGACCCUCAACGAUACCAUAAGAAUCUAUUACCUCCGAGUUACAUCAAUGAAAUUCUCAAAGGAUAAAGUGGAUAUACGUGGCUAUACUGUCUGGUCUCUGAUGGACAAUUUCGAGUGGGCCAGCUUUUCAGAGAGGUUUGGUUUGCAUUUCACAAACUACACUGACCCCUCCAUCCCAAGGAUUCCCAAGGAAUCUGCCAUUUAUGCCUCUCUAGUCAAGUGCAAUGGCUUCCCGGACCCAGCCAAAGGGCAGCACCCCUGCCUCCAGUCAGAAGAUGCUGUUCCCACCAUUGAAUCUGUGACAGACAAGCAAGUUCAAUUCUUGGGGCUGACGCUGGAUGCCACCAAUGCAGAAACAGCCUUAAACAUACUCUUCUCUCUCGUGAUUAUUGUUGUCUUUGGAUUGGUAUUUAUAUUAUAUAAAUAUUGCAAGGUGGUCUAAAAAAAGUCCAAACAGCACCAGCCAACAGGAAUUGAGUAAAAUGUAGUAUUUGCUGCAUGCCCUAAAAGUUGGCUCUUCCAUAAACACUUUGGAGAAGUUAAAGCAUCGAUGAGUUCUUUGAAUGUCUUCUUCAACUCCCUGCUUCUAUAUUGACCUGCCUUAUACAAUUUUGAGAAAAUAGAACAGAAUAAAAGAUCAGCUUAUAAGUAGCUAGUUUACCUGGGACAUCAGACUUACUACCCCUCAUUUUCUCUAACUGCCUGAUAAUCUACCAUUAUUUUUGUUUUUGUUAAGACCUUUCAGUCUUCUAAUCUAUUACAAUGCAGACAAUGCUGGGCAAGUCACUUAACCCUCAUUGCCCCCGCAAAAAAAAAAAAAAAUGCAGACAAUGCUAAGAGUAGGAGUGUCACACCUUAAGACUUUAUUAACCCAUUACUGUUGAGGGAUUUCCCAUGUAUUCAGGCAUUUGGGGCAGGAGAGAGGGGACAUAGGAGGGCCACCAAAAAAAAAAAUCUUCCCACUUUGGCCUGUGCUCCACCUAAGAAAAGGUCCUCCUCUUUACCAUUUAUUUUUAAAAGUGCAGACAUGAGCAAAAGCCACCAUAAUCCUAUCGCACAUAAGUGAACUUAAAAAGCAAAUAAAACACAAAAACUGAGUGGCUUGCGUUAGCUUUGGAGUUGUCUGACUGGGUCUUUUCCCCGUAACACUUUAAAAAUUCUCCCUACCCCUAUUUUCUGGUAUAAGAAAUGAAAAAGGACUUAUGAAUGCUACAUUAUGUUCCUCUUGUCAGUCAACAAACAUUGAGUACCUAUAUGCUGAAGCACUGUACACAAAUAGAGAAGUGUGGGGCGGCUAGGUGGUGCAGUAGAUAAAGCACUGGCCCUAGAUUCAGGAGGACCUGAGUUCAAAUUCAGCCUCAGACACUUGACACUAGCUGUGUGAUUCUGGGCAAGUCACUUAACACUCUUGCCCUCUGCAAAAAAACAAAAACAAAUAGAGAAGUGAGGUAGUCCUUGCCCACUAGGAGCUUACAUCUAUUGCUUUGAGAAAUAAAAUGUUUCUGCACAUACCUACAAAACAUAGGUUUGGCAAAGGUUUGGGUGUUUACACUUGAUUCAACUCAGAUCCACCAUUGGCCAAGGUCUUUCUUUUUUGGGGGGGAGGGGCAGUCAGAGUUAAGUGACUUUCCCAGGGUCGCACAGUGGUCAAGUGUGCAUUUGAACUCAGGUCCUCCUGAUUCCAGGGCCAGUGCUGUAUCCACCAUGCCACCAACCUGCCCCCCAAGGGCUUUCUACUGAAACUCCAAGAAAUAUAUAUAGCAGAUAUUCUUUACUGCAUUUAGCAAAUUCUAUGCUCUAUCCAGUUAGGAAAAGUAGACCUACGGAAGCUCCAUUCUUGGUAUCACAGUGAUGUAGGAUGGAAUUAAGAUGAUCAAUUUGAUCAUGAGUCAUCCCAAAGGAAUUACAAGACUCUCAGUUUCCCAGGUUUUAUUGAAAGACUGUUGACCAC